CAUAACAAGUUUAUAAAUUUAUGAUGGGAGGAAAGAGACGAGAGAGUGGGAUUUGAGGGAAUUUAUCUCCGGUUUGUGGGCGAUGCUUCUCUUUAGCCGCUUGCUGUAAUUUAUUCCAGUUGGUGUGGUGCUCGAAGGCGGCCACAUAACAAAAACUGGCAAAAUGAAGUUCCUUCACUUGACUCUAAUCAUUUUCGUGGCGUUUUUGGUCACCGAGGGCUUGGCCGAGAAAACGAGGAAACACAAAAAAUACAGGAAGCGCAAGCCCGUGCUUGAGGCCACCGAAUUCUCUGAUGCGGGCAAAUCUGUGGAAAAAAAUGACGUGGAGACCCCGCCGGAAGAGACCAAUGAGGAAAUCAUCGACAACCGCGUGCCCCUCAUCGACCCGUGCAUUAAGGUGCACUGCGGGGCCGGAAGAGUGUGCGAGGUGGACUCCGAGGGCGAGCCCCAGUGCGUCUGCAUCCCCACGUGCCCCAUUGAGACGGAGCCGCGCCGAAAAGUCUGCUCUAACCACAACGAAACGUGGACCUCGGACUGCGCCGUCUACCAGCAGAGGUGUCUCUGCGACCGGGGCGACCCCGAGUGCAAAGGCGAGCAGUACAAGCAUGUCCAUAUCGAGUAUUACGGCGAGUGCCGAGAGAUGAAACAAUGCACCAAGGAAGAAAUGGCCGAUUUCCCGCGCCGUAUGCGCGACUGGCUCUUCAACAUCAUGCGGGACCUGGCCGACAGGUCCGAACUGACCCCCCAUUACCUGAAGAUGGAACGCGAGGCCGAAUCUAACAUGACCCGGCGCUGGGCGAACGCCGCAGUUUGGAAGUUCUGCGACUUGGACGGCUUUCCCCCAGACCGGUCGGUCUCCCGGCACGAGCUGUUCCCCAUUCGGGCCCCCUUGAUGGCCCUCGAGCACUGCAUCGCCCCCUUCUUGAACUCGUGUGACGCAAAUGACGAUCACAGGAUCAAUAUCAAGGAAUGGGCCCAGUGCUUGGAAUUGGAGGAGGACGUCAUUGAACAGAAGUGCGAAGAUAUCAACGAUGAUGAGGAAUAAUUUGCUUUUGUGGCGCUCUAAUGCAGAAUUAAAUGGUGCUAAAGUCCUAACUCGGUCGUAGAUAACGAAGAGUUUUUGUAAAUUUUAGUGUACUUAUAGAUGGAUUUAUUAUUGUGAAUAACACUGCCUUUAUUAUUACUGUACGAAUGUUUUUGUAUAAAAUGCCAUUAAUGCAAUAAAUAGUUUGGAAUUUGGA